UCGAGUGCAAAGACAUGAGAUUACCACCAAUCAUUCUAUCAGUCAAUCUCGGGAGCCGAUACCACUUUGUUCGGUGUCACCCACAUUCUGUGACGCAGGUAUCUCAUCUAUUGUUGAUACGCCGUAAUUAGGAAUCGCACCGCUGGUUUUCUCUAACCAGAUAGGAAGCGUAUGCCACGCAUAAUCCCCCCGUCAUAACACAUACAUCAUAACAACAUCUCAGCUGUCAUCUGUCUGGGGACUUAAGCAUCUUUGAUUUAUAUUGGAGUGAGGAAAUUGUGGGGAAGGGUCGAUAUGUACCGUGGACGUUAUAUUGAAGCCUUCGGUACAGAUUCGUCAGUUUUAAAACCCGGGCAAUCCGCACGACACGGGUAUUUGAUCAGCAGUAUUGAAAUCCCGUCCGGGAAGACAUAUCCCCACGUUAAAAGCAUGGUUGCCCAUUUGUUGCCGGCCAGUGUACGAAACGCGGAGCUCUCUGCUCAUUAAGGGUACAUUUGGGAGCAUUAGGUUCGAUUACUGAGCCCGAUCGACCCGCGCGCAGGACGUGAGUUUGACGGAGUCCUACGUGAUUGCAAUCGACAGCAUCCAUUUGUCUAUCUGUGCAGGGACAGGGAACCCUAUUUGCUAUAAGACUGAUAGUGUCCCAUUGGGGACUUCAUUUGACAGCUCUUUCCCGUUUCGAGCGGGGAAGCUGUGCGUGGCGCUCAGAGCAGCAAUUAAAGAGCACUUGGGCGGACAGCAGGAAGGCACACGACAGAGCCACCAUGUCCGACUGCAGCCCAGGCAGCAGUGUCUCAAUGCCCUCGGCCGGCGAGGCGUGUCAGCCCGACCACUGCACGGAGAUCCUCGGCAGACUGCAGUGGCAACGCCGCGAGGGGAGGUUCACCGACAUGGUGGUGAGCGUGAGCGGGUGGGACUUCCACGCGCACCGAAACGUCCUGGCCGCCUGCAGCCCGUACUUCGACGCCCUGUACGACUCCAACAUGACGGAGAGCCAGACCAACCACAUCGCACUGAGCUGCACUACUCCCGCGGCCAUGGAGCAGAUCCUGGACUUCAUCUACACCGGGCGGGCCGACAUCAACGAGGGGAACGUGGAGGACAUCCUGCGGGGGUCCGACCACCUCAUGCUGGAAAGACUCCGCGCUCGCUGCGCUGACUUCCUCGGCAACCACAUCACGGCGGGAAACUGUCUCGGCGUCAGAUCCCUCGCCAGCGUGUACAACAUUAAAGACUUGCUGGACACGUCCAAACGCUUCAUCCAGAACAACUUUAACGACAUGGUGCAGGGGGAGGAAGUGCUGCAGCUUCCCUUUGGACAGCUCCGAGACCUGAUAGCGGACGACAGACUGAGAGUUCUCCGCGAGGAGACAGUUUUCGAGCUUAUCGUCCGCUGGACCAGACACGAUAUACAACACCGCAGGCAUCUCUUCCCCAGACUCAUGUCUCAGAUUCGUCUGGCCGAGAUAGACAAAGAAUAUCUCAUGGACCGUGUCGAAACCGAAGAACUGGUCGGACAGAGUCCCAAAUGCAGGGGUUAUCUCAUGGAGGUUUUCGAAAAUAGCAACUACCCGGAUUGUCUGACUGUGUCUACUCGCCUGAUACCGCGACAAGGCAGGCUUAUCACGGCAGUGUUAGUACUGGGAGGGAAGUCUAAGAAGGGAAGAAUCAGUAGCACGUUAGCGUACGUACUUGAGGAACAGCGCUGGGCAAGCCUGGCGCCCCUCCCCUGCAAGGUCUGCUCGCACUCCGUGGCCGUUCUAGACGGGUGCCUGUAUGUAGCGGGAGGGAAGCUGAGCCGCACCACCACCAGCAACCGCGCGGUGUACAUGUUCGACCCCUUCAGCAACACGUGGAAGGGGAUGCCGGACAUGCACACACCCCGGGCGUACCCCGCACUCGCCGCCUGCGACGGCCGGCUCUUCGCCAUGGGAGGCGAGAAUGGAGGAGUCAUCCACAACUCCGUGGAGUGCCUCGACCUCAGCAGUUCCUCCAAGAAGUGGACGUUCGUGGCGCCCAUGCGAACCGGCCGGUGCCUCUUCGAGACCGCCACCGUCGACGACCGCUUCAUAUACGCCAUCAGCGGACUAAAAGAGGGCAACAUAGUGAGCAGCUCGGUAGAAAUGUACGACACGGUCUGCGACCGAUGGCGAAACGUUCCUCCGGGAAUCUCCCGCUUCCACUACGUUCCCGUCGCCAGGGUGAUCAAGGGCAACAUCUACCUGUUCGUCGAGGGCUCGGACGUGGUUCGCUACAGCCCACGGGAGGACACAUGGGAGGCCACUAAUGAGCGCGUCCCUGUCAUGCACUUCAGCGGGCAGCGCGUGCUGUACGCCUGCUGCGUGGUGGGCGAGGAAACGUUCGUCUGUGGAGGGAGGGAUCUGCACAACCAGACCAAGGUGUUCUCCACCGCCUGCACGUACCGACGCGGCGAUCGCCGGUGGAGACCCGUCUCCGCUCCGCCCAUCACCACAGUGGCCUCCGCGGCCUGCGUGCUGAGGGUACCGUACGAGUACCUGCAGUAAGCCACACCAACUUUAUUGCCGUCCGUCAGUAAUAUCAGAGGAUUUUCAUUUAUUGCUACAUGUCAUGUAAAAUCAUGGUCAUUUCCCUUGACUCAAAAUUUUGGACAACUGAACUCAUUACUAUAAACUGUUUACCGUCAC